AAAUCUAACGUUUUUACGUUUUAGUGUGUUUCAUAGAUAUUUAUCUCUUCAAUCCGAAUGUUAUGAUUUUUUGUUGUCAAUUAUGCAUGUGUUGAAAUUAUCUAAUGUCUUGUUGGACAAGCUACCUUCGCUGGACGUCAUAACACAGACUGCAAAUAACUGUUCGUGAUAAAUAGAGAGCGUGCAUAGCUAAAUAAUGCAAACAGAAAUUUGUCAUGGUUAUUUUCAGUCUUCAAAACCGCGUGAAACGAUUAUUGGACGAGCAGUAUGAUUGUCAAGAUCAUUUUUGCAGUGGGAAAUAUAUUUAUUGUAUAAACGUUUCUGGGUGGGUAACCGUUGACAAUCUGACAUCAUUUGGAUAGAGGAAUAGAGAACAAGAUUGUGUUUUUCCACAUCCGAAUUUUCCUUAGACCCUUUUCGACCUGAUGAUGCGACGUGGAAGUCGGGAGUUUUAUGAAAAUGGAUGGAUGACAUGACAUGGACAUGGACACGAACACAAACAACACAACCUUUGGUCUGUGAAACUACAAAAUGAUAAUAGAUCAUAACCAGGGACUCAACUGAACGGAGAUCGCACUCAAUGGUUGGAUCAAUAGUUCAUUUAUUAGACAUUUUGGAUUCUACAUUAUCAUUUAUUCUCGUGUCACAGUGCCUACCCGAGGAAAAUGGCUUGCAUAUAACAGGUGUUGGGCCAGGCAACAAAGGAGAAUGCCGCUCUUCAAUAUUUUUCCUCUCAUUUUAAUAAACUGUAAUACCAAACUAAAACGGUCAAUUAUAGAGCAGUGCAUAAAUGAAAGGUGGUAAACGUCAGAGAAGAGGGACAUUUUUCAAGUCUGUCAUGUAGAAUGGAUCCUCCCUGUUCCUCCCUGUAAGAGGAGAGGAGGAGACAGAAAGUCCCCAGGACGAGGAAGAGGAGGGCUGCAGGAGGUGGAAGAGUUGAGCUGUGUGCACAGUGAAGAGAGAGGGAGUCCAUAGAUCUAGGUAGUGGAAGAAUAUGGCUAACCAGAGCUUGGGCAUUGAUGGCCCUGGGAGUCUACUAGCUGUACUGGCCUCACAGAGUGGACUGGCAAGGGGCAGCACCAGUAGUGGAGGAAUCACGGCCUCAGAUGUGUCAGCCUACUUCAAGCUCAUCUUCUUGGGGCUGAUCAUCUGUAUCAGCCUGGCAGGCAAUUUGUUGGUGUCCCUACUUAUCCUCCGUGACAGGACCCUCCACCAAGCCCCCUAUUUCUUCCUCCUAGAUCUGUGCCUGGCCGAUGCUGUUCGCUCUGCCGCCUGCUUUCCCUUCGUCCUGGUUUCUGUCCACAACAGCUCAGCCUGGACCUACAGCACCUUGAGUUGUAAGGUGGUGGCCUUUUUGGCUGUGCUCUUCUGUUUUCAUGCUGCCUUCAUGUUAUUCUGUGUGGCUGUCACUCGCUACCUGGCCAUCGCUCACCACCGCUUCUAUGCCAAGCGCAUGACGGUCUGGACCUGCGCCGCCAUCAUCUGCAUGGUCUGGACUCUGGCUAUUGCUAUGGCAUUCCCGCCUGUAUUUGAUGUGGGGACCUACAAGUUCAUCCAUGAUGAAGACCAGUGCAUUUUUGAGCACCGCUACCUGAAGACCAAUGACACUCUGGGCUUCAUGCUGAUGUUGGCUGUUGUGGUUCUGGCCACUCAUGGCUUCUAUGCCAAGCUCCUUCUCUUUGAAUAUCGGCAUCGCAAGAUGAAGCCUGUUCAACUGGUGCCGGCCAUCAGCCAAAACUGGACCUUUCACGGGCCUGGGGCGACAGGUCAGGCUGCAGCCAACUGGAUUGCAGGGUUUGGUCGGGGUCCCAUGCCACCCACCCUCCUGGGCAUCCGGCAGAAUCUACACACCCAACACCGGCGCCUGCUAGGCAUGGAGGAGGUGAGGUCAGAGAGGAGGCUGGGAAGGAUGUUCUACACCAUCACUCUGCUCUUCCUGGUCCUCUGGGCUCCCUACAUAGUGGCCUGCUUCUGGAGGGUGUUCGUGAAGUCCUGCUCUAUCCCUCACAGGUACCUCACCAUCACAGUGUGGAUGAGUUUUGUCCAGGCUGGGGUCAACCCCAUCUUCUGUCUCUUACUCAACGAGGACCUGAGGAAAGUUCUGAGGGCCCACCUGCCCGCCUACUGGAGGACCAAACAACACCUGCCACAAGACGAGGCAUACUGCAUCAUGUGAUGAGGAGGGGGCUUAAAGUGUGUAUGGAGGAGUUGUUCAUUCGUUCAGAGAGCGUUCAGAGAGCUUAUAGUGGGCCGUGACAAACAAGAUGUUCCAGGAAGGUGUUAAGGCAGAUACAGUGUAUAAGUCUACUCUUAAGGUCAUACUGAAAUGAGCUAGACAUUAGAGGAACACUUGUACUGUACAUGAUUAGAGUAGGGUGUGUAUUUUCACAUGUACGGUAAUGAUGCAUGAACAAGUUGCAUUCGAGCAACAAUGACAUUGUAGGCUACCAAGUCAGUAAUAGGCCUGAUAAUCAAAUGCCACUUCAAGAUUUGAUUGCCUUACACUUAAGAUGGAUACACCUGCUAAAUGGAAGUAUUGCUCACAAAGCUGUACAUGGGACGAUAAUUCUACAUUCUGUACACAGGACUUUACCAAAUGGAGAGACAUGCACUGGACUAUUGAUAUAAUUGUGGGCUUGUUUCUGUUUUUGAAAAAUUAUACAGCUAAAACUUCUCAGAGGAUUCUUAAACCGUGGACGCCUUCUUCAUGUGGCUCAGAGAAGACUGAAAAAUAUCAAGUGGACAUCUUCCUGUUUGUAUAAAACACGAAUGCCUGUUUUACUUUCUUUAUAAACAAAACACAUGUUGCAGAUGCCACUAUUUUUACAAAGGAAUUGUGAAUUUGAUUCAUAAUGUACAGUGGAUGAACUUAAGUCAAGAAAGGAAAAAUAUAUUCCUACUCAUGGUGUUUUUUUAUUAACGUGUGUGUGUGUGUGUCAGGGAGUUAGCGUGUGCGCUUGUUUGUUUAAAGUAUGGGAGCGAAAAAGAGAAGAAGAUGAUGACAGAUUACAGCAAAAGAAUGGUCUCAUUGUAUGGCUUGGAAUGAUGAUAAAAUAUAUAGUGAGAUGUCCUAUGAAUGCAAGGGACUGCAACUGAUGGGCAGGUUCAGGUAGACUACAGACAAUGAUUAAGAGUGAAAAAUAAACUGAAAACCCUAUCUUGUGCAUUGUAGGAGGUCCCAUGAGAUUCAUUUUGGCCCCAAUGAUGAUGUAUUCGAUAGAGCUGAAUCAGAUCAAGUUGGUAAACAACCCAACACAUUUGUUCGAAAAAUUACUCUCUAGGGAAUGCAUCCCAAGUAUUUUGGUGUUUCAUUAGACAUUUCUUAAUAUUCAGCACUCCAGAACCUAAAUAAUUCAACCAUUCCAAUGGCUGCCCCCUUAACAUACUAGAGUGCAUAUUUCAAACUAAAAAGUGAAACAUGGUCAAUUAUUUCAGAUAUGGCGUUAUUUUCUAUUGUCUUGUUUCUGUACAGUAUAAUUGAAGUGGUUAUUUUGUCCACACAUCAAUAAAGAGUCUACUUUUGCUGCA